GACAGGCAAUAGCUGAUUUCAUGUCACAGUUUAUUUUUCUUUUGUUGAGAGAAAAAUUUGAUUUUUUCACUGAUAAUUGGAUUAAAAGUACAGUACACAGUGUGAUAAUAAUAAGUUAAAUUAUUCUUAAUCAUUGACUUAACUUAAUGUGAAAAAGAAAAGAGAAAUAUUAAUAUUUUCAGUAGAUAUUUAUAGUAGUAGAUUGUCUUUAGAUAGAUUUUAUUUUUGAACCUAGGAUAUGGUAUUUACAGUUCAGCUAUUGUGUAGAAUUGUCCCUAAAAUAAAAAUACAGUCUUUUGGAGUCAGUUCUGUAUGUCAUGAAGCAAUCAACAAAGCUACUGAUGUACCUUCAUCAUUUUCCUUUAGUAAAAAUUACGAAAACAAAUCAGACAUAGAGGAUAUAGUCACUAGCAUGACAGUUUAUCCCGAUUUUUUAAACCCUAAUGAAGAAACAAGUCUUAUGAAUGAAUUAGAACCUCACAUGAAAAAAUUACGCUACGAAUUUGAUCACUGGGAUAAUGCUAUACAUGGGUAUAGAGAAACCGAACGCUUAAAAUGGAACGAAGAAAACACUGUUAUUUUAGAUAGGGUACGAAAAAUUGCAUUUCCCUCCAACAUAGCACCAUUAAAAUUCGUUCAUAUACUCGAUUUAGAUAAAAAGGGCUGGAUUAAACCACACAUAGAUGCUGUUAGAUUUUGCGGAGAUACUAUUGCUGGAUUGAGCCUGCUUACUGAUUCAGUUAUGCGACUAGUUCACGAGAAAAAUAAGGAUUUAUAUGUAGAUAUACUUUUAAAACGAAGAUCCUUGUAUGUUAUGAAGGGAGUAGCUAGAUUCGAGUAUACGCACGAGAUUUUGAGUAACGAAAGCAGUAUUUUUAAAAACCAGAAAAUAGAGAAAGAUAGGCGUAUAAGUGUGAUAUGUAGAAAUGAACCCGAUCCCAAAUAUAAAAAUUAGAAAAUUA